GCGUCCCACUGGAGGAUGGCCACUACCCACUUUUCUCUUAUCCAGAAGUGGCCAGCGGUGGGUCGAUUGUGGAUGUUAAGCUCCUAAGAAACGCGCCCCCUUAAAGGUGUGAAUCGGCUGGAGAAGGAAGGGCGGCUGUACUCCGUACGCAGGCAGUCCUCCGGGAGCCCAUCCUGCGUCAUCAUAUCCUGAUUGCUACGAGAGGGUCUUCUAGACCACCACGAUGAGGGAGGGUGGCAGCCUCCAGAUCCUUUUCGCAUUCUUUAGUUUUUUCAUUUUUACUAACGUGUUUUAUUUUUUUUUAUUACAUACAUAUUAUGUUUUCCCCUCCCCCAUCUCAUUACUACUGCACCCUGCACCCGGACGACUAGUACUAGCGGCAGUACUAGUCGGAAAGUCGGCCCCCAGAAGGCGUUACUCUCUGCUGCGGCCCGGUGGCUCGGGAGUCAAACCCAAAGGGAAAUUACGUCACUUGCCAUUCCCCUGCCCGGGAAGCCGUAAGGCCAGUGACGAUACUGGGGUUCCAUGAUCACUGACAGUGUCUCAGACCACACGAACAAGCAGCAUCAUCAUCAUCCUGCCCC